UGGCUUCCCUAUUUUCAUCGAUCUCCUCAACGACUUCUCUUCUCUCAGUGACUUCACUUCAACCGCGACACCGGCUCUCUCUCAAUCGGUCUUUCUCCAAUCUGCAAUUCGAUUGUGGAACAGAUGCAAGGCUUAUUGGCACCUGUUUUGUUCUUCACCAUCGCCUGUUCUUCACCGUCACAUGGCUUUGCAAUCUUCAACCGUUCCUUAUCAACCGUCCGUUGCUCGUCGCCUACCUAGUCCUCAACUGGUGCGACACCUCCCACGGCUCGCCGUGUGCCGCAGCUGGCCAAUUCCUGGUAGUGUGCCGUUUUCUUCUUACUCCAUUGCUCGACGCUAGAGACUUCAAUUCAGGUGGUUUAACUUGUGAGUUGAAAAUACUGGGUGAAGUGUGGAUUCUAAGAGUGCUACUUAUUUAUUGACGAUCACUUGAAGGAGAGUGAUACAUUUGCUGUUUCAACACCGAAGAAUACACGCUUGAAGGGAUAUAGUAGAGAUCAACAUUGUUGUGAUUUGCAUUUUGUUGGAAGAUAGGAGGAAGUUGUGGAUUAGAAUGGUAUAACACACACGAAUUUGCUGGGGAGGCUGAAGGAAGAUGCCAGUUUGAAUGACACAGCUUAUACAAAUUUGCUGGGGAGUUGGAAGGAUGGAGUAUAUAAGUCUCUCAGGCUGAUUUGUGAUGUGCCUGUGAAUGUAAGCUUGAGUGGGAAAUUGAUAGAUGUUGUACCUCAAACUUCUGCUAAGGGAUCAACAUGUGACACAUUAAGCUCACCUGCAUCAAUGGGUAGCCAGAAAGAAAAGAUGUCAUGGGUCUCAUGGACAAAUAUGCCUCAAAAGGAUGAGCUUGAGGCAGAGGAAAAACCAAGUCAAUUGAUUCUGUUUGGAUGUUAGGUAAUGAGAACACUUUAGCUGUGAAUGGAACUGCUGAGAAGGUGUCUACUGCCAAAGGUGAAGCUCUCAAGGGAGAGAGGGAACAGAUCUGCUUUUAUAAUGUCAAAUGGAAAUAGGAUUCCAUAUGUUUGGAAAAGGUUAAUGGGAAAGUUGUGAAUAUUAUAUUAAAUUGAAUAUUUGUUGUGAUACUCAACUAUUAUUUUUUGUUGCUUUUUGUUGUACCACAUGUAUUGCAUUUUGUUGCAUU